UGGGUUACAUGGGCUUUCUGGCUGUGGCCAGUUUCAGUGUGGCUUUCCUUGCUAGGAAGUUGCCUGACAGUUUCAAUGAAGCCAAGUUCAUCACUUUCAGCAUGUUGGUCUUUUGCAGUGUUUGGUUAUCCUUUAUUCCCUCCUACCUGAGCACUAAAGGAAAAUAUAUGGUAGCUGUGGAGAUCUUUUCUAUCCUAGCCUCCAGUGCUGGGGUGCUGGGGUGCAUCUUUUCCCCUAAAUGUUAUAUCAUUGUUUUAAGGCCUGAACUGAACGAUAAGGAACAGCUUAUAAGACGAAAGGCUGGAUGAAUGUGCGGGUGGGUCUUGCUCUAGUCUGUACAAUCAAUGGAUAUUUGGUUGUUUGGGUAUUUAUGAUUUUUUUCUAGGUUAAUAUGUUCUAUUUCAAUUUUCUUUGGACCUCUCUAUCUUUUAAACAUAUAUACACACUCUCUUUCCUAAAAAAACAAAACCCUUGCACUCUGUAGCAAGAUCUCCUUAUGUAUAUACAUGUGGCCAUAUACUUGAAUUAUUUAGAGCAAGUCAUCUUGCAAGCCAUGAACCUAUAACACAGAGUUGAGCAGAAUUGUGUAACUUAAACUCUAAGAGUAAGGAUUCAGAGAAUUUAGCCAAAUAAUGAAUGUGCAUGGCCUGGACAGAUUUUGCCUGGUGCCUAAAUUUUUAAUGAUGGUAGCAGGUGAGCCACCAUGAGGAAAGCACUCCACAAUCUGGGAACCACUGCAGAAAAGGCCUGUUCUCAUGUUGCCACCUUCUGGACCUCUUGUGGAGCAGGCACAGGAAGAAGGGCCUCAUAUGAUGAGCACAUGGUCUGCGUCAGUUCAUUUGGGGAGAGGCAGUCCUUGUGGCAUUGUGGUCCUGAACAACUGAAGGCUUUAUUGGACAAAACCAGCACUUUUAUUUGGCCUGGAAACUAAUAGGUAGUGUGGCAGUUGUACCAUUAUUGUUGUUAUAUGCUCAAAGAUUCUUGCACCGGUGAGCAACCUGGCCACUGAAUUCUACACUAGCUGUAGUUUCCAAACAAUCUUCGGAGGCAGACCCUUGUAUAACACAUUGCUGUGAUCUCACCUAAAAGUUACCUUCCAAGUACUCAUCCAAGCCAAAGCAUCCUUUGAUACUCAAGUAGGUGGAAGGAAAGAGGAAAUCUUCAGAUAUAACAAACUAGUUUCCUUCUGCAAUUACACAGAGGAACCCCAACCUUGACUUUGUAAUUAUUUCCCUCUGUUAUUACAGCAAUUACUAUUAUGAAUUAUGUUGCAUGUUGAACCGCCUGUGGAAUUUGAAUCGGAAAGAAAUUGAAAGUUACUGUUUAGUCAAUAUACCCAUUAGAAUUUAUAACUACUGCUAGGGUAUAGUGGUGUUUAUACUUCAGGGUUCUGGCCUACUUGAAAACUGAAUGAGCAUUUAAAUCAGCUGGUGACAUUCAAAUAAGGGAAUUUUCAGUGAAAAGAAUAUCAUGUUUCUCAAGUGAAUAUUUGCCUUCACACUCAGGAUGGCGACAUUUGCUAUUUUGCUGCUGACACUGCUUCCUGAGAGGACAUGCAAGACUCACAUGGUGAAGUGUCAUGUCCAUGAUCCACACCCUCCACUUCACAAGUAUCACCGGUCAGGAGACCUCAUUCUUGGUGGCUUAGCUUCUCACAGCUUCAUCGUUUCCAGUGCAUUAGCCUUCACUAAAGAACCCCCACAGGCAUUGCCUGAAGAGCUUGCGUAAGGAGUUGCUCUUUAUCUCUUUCUGUUUUUCUGAGUUUCUUUCUCUGAAUACUGAAAGCUGUGGCAUACUGAUUUUCAGCAAAGAAAAAUAUAAAUAAUGCAAUUAAGGAUAUGUUCCUUGUUCCCAAUAACAAGAUAAUAUAACAUAAUAAAGAUAAAUUUCUUUCACUGGCUUAUAUAAACUUGCAUAGCCUAACUUCAUAUCUAUUAAUUUUGAAAUCUGUUGUG